GGUCCCUCCCGCCGGGGCGGGGACGGGACGGGACCGGACGGGAGCGGAGGGACCCACCGAGACCCACCGGGAUCGGGGACCCACCGGGACGAGUCCCGGGGACCCCCCGACCCCCCCUCAUCCGCCAUGGCGGGGCUGGCGCGGUGCCAGCGCGAGGCCGAGGAGGUGACGGAGCUGAUGAAGCAGAACUUUGCCCGAGCGCUGGAGAGGGAUGGGCGCCUCCAAGACCUCGACAACCGAGCCCAGGAGCUGCGCACCAUGGGCGAGGUCUUCACCCGCAGCACCCGGGCGGUGGCACGGCAGGAACGCAGGGGACACCGGCGCUGGCGCCUGGUGCUGGCGGCCAUCGGCCUCGCUGCUGUCCUCCUCCUCCUCCUCGCCCUCGGCCUGGCGUUGGGGCUGCCGCGGCCACCACCCGCCAACGUCAUCGUCAUUGUCACCGUCCCUGUGCCCCCCGCCAGCCCCACCGGCAGGGACUGAGCCCCCGGCACCCAGGGGAGACGGUGAGGAUGCUGGGAGACCAUUCCAUAACAACCCAUCAGGAUCUGCUCUGGGAGACCUCACCGUCACAACCCAUCAGGAUGAGUUUUGGUGAGAUCCGACCAUAACCAUCCAUUGGGAUCAGCUCUGGGGAGACCCCACCAUAACCAUCCAUCGGGAUCGGCCUUAGGGACACCCCACCAUAACCAUCCAUUGGGAUCGGCCUUAGGGACACCCCACCAUAACCAUCCAUUGGGAUCGGCCUUAGGGAGACCCCACCAUAACCAUCCAUCGGGAUCUACUCUGGGGAGACCCAACCAUA